CAAGUUAGUUCGUCAAAACCCUAAAACGGUGGAGUACGUGAGUUGAGUUGAGUCCAGGGUUUACUCUUUCUAAUCAUCAAUUCAAUUCAACACCAAACCUAUUGUUGUUGACUCCUCUCUCGCUCUCUCUCUCUUUCGGCAAUGGCUGUGUCAACCCAAUCUCACCUUCCAAUUCUCUCCGUCGUCGACCUCCCCUCUCUCCUCCAAGCUGUCGCCAUCGACACUCUUGUUUCCGCCGCUCAAUCUCUCGCUCUCAUUGGAUAUCUGCUGAUUAAUGCCGCCAAUUCAGUUGCUCCAAAGUUGACUGCAAUGGAUUCAAGGUUCCCUUUGGAGCACCUUCUUGGAAGGAAACCAGCUUACAAAGAAAACAAAAGUGAUACAGAAGAUGAUGAGGACGAUGACGACGAUGAUGACGUACAAGAUGAGGAUGAUGAUGGAGAAGAGGAAGACUACUCGGGUGAUGAAGGCGAGGAAGAAGGGGAUCCCGAGGAUGAUCCUGAGGCUAACGGUGCAGGAGGAAGUGAUGAUGGGGAAGAUGAUGAUGACGAUGGCGAUGAGGAAGAUGAAGAAGAUGGUGAAGACGAAGAGGACGAAGAGGAUGAAGAGGAAGAUGAUGAGACUCCCCAGCCACCAGCAAAGAAGAGGAAGUGAGAAUUAUAUUAGUAGGAAAUUGGUUCUAUGGUUUGCAUUUGUGUCAAGCUUAGUGAUUAGGACUGAUAAAUUAGCUAUCUUAGUAAGUGAACCUUUGUCGCGUUAUGUCAAUGAUGAUGAUUGUUAUAUCAAUAUUUCUCUCUGUUUCUACUUUAAGUUCUUCUGUCCAUUUAUUAUCGUCCGUGAGUGUCAUUCGUUUUUAUUUUGGUUGAAAGUAUUAAUUGCUUGUGCUA